UUGGGCAUAUUUUGACUUUCCACAAAGACAUUAAUCUAGCAUGACAAUCCCCUAGGAGUAUCCCUUAGCUUGAAAAUUAAUCUAGAAGAUCUGUAGACAGUAGACCUGAAAAACAUGUCACAUAAGUCAUUUUAAGUUUGAAGGCAAAAGUCUAGAUCAGCCCCUGAGGUUUGCGGCCAAGUCAGCAUAACACCCUGAGAUUUAAAACUGUCUAAGCAGGACCCCGAUAGUAAUUCCGUUUUUUUUUACAUAUGUACAUGUUUGUGUCUUUUGUGUGCUUAUAAAUUUAAUGAAAAAGGAUAUUUUUGUGGCCUGGAAAAUAAAAUUGGUGCUCUAGAAGCAGUUUUUGAGUAAAAAUCUUUGUCCUUUAACACACGAUGCAAAAGUUAUAUUUUUUCAAUGCAAAUUUAAAGGUACACUAGAGACACGAACAUGUAUGGGGGCGGCACGGGUGUUCCCGUGGGUUGCGGGGUGACAAGCGGGUUCGGAUGCUUUUUUAUUCUUUACACUGGUUUCAUAGAUCUACCCUACAUAUAUUUAGGAGAAGUAUUAUACGCACCUCAGACACACCUAUCUGAACCGGUGGUUUGCUUUGAGAUACAGUUUUACAAUGUUUUCCAUUUUACUGUUAACGGCUCUGUCGACUAAAGUAACGGUUCUUCACGAAAAUGGACAUGGUUUCGAACAUGUUAGAAUGCAUAAUUACUAAAACUGACUAUGUUAAUUUCAGAUGUUGAUGAAUGCCUUCAACCAAAUAUUUGCAAGGGGCUCUGCCAUAAUACAGAAGGAAGCUUCCAUUGUACGGAAUGUCCUCACAAAACUGAGUAUGAUUCAGCAAAAAUGCAGUGUACGACGAGGAAACAACUGACUCUGCUUUUAGGUAUAAUUAUUGGGUUGUCUUGUGGAUUCGGUGUUCUACUUCUGAGCUUCAGUGCAUCACUUCUCAUUCGUAGAUGGAAAAGAAAUGUUCAAAAGCAACUACGAAAAAAAUAUUUCCAGAAGAACCAUGGUCUUCUCCUAGAAACGUUGAUAUCAUCUGAUGAAACUGCAAAUGAGAAUACUAAGAUUUUCUCGCUAGAAGAGCUGGAGAAGGCAACAAACAACUUUGAUCCUACACGUAUCAUUGGACGUGGGGGCCACGGCAUGGUUUACAAAGGCAUAUUGUCUGAUCAGCGUAUUGUUGCAGUAAAAAAGUCUAAGGUCAUUGAGCAGUCUGAGAUCAGUCAAUUCAUCAAUGAGGUUGCAGUGCUCACUCAGAUAAACCACAGAAAUAUUGUGAAGCUCUUUGGAUGUUGUCUCGAAAGUGAGGUUCCACUGCUGGUGUAUGAUUAUGUAUCCAGUGGCUCACUGUCUGAAGUUCUUCAUGCAGAUGAAAGUGUUGGUUUUUCUUUGUCUUGGGGUGAUUACUUAAGGAUUGCCCUGGAAACAGCAGGAGCUCUGUCUUAUCUCCACUCUUCAGCUUCAAUAUCAAUCUUCCACCGUGACGUGAAAUCCUCAAAUAUACUAUUGGAUGUGAACUACACAGCUAAAGUUUCAGACUUUGGUGCUUCUAGAUUGGUUCCAAUUGAUCAAACACAUAUUGUCACAAAUGUGCAAGGUACAUUUGGGUACUUAGAUCCAGAGUAUUUCCAUACCAGGCAGCUGAACGGGAAGAGCGACGUGUACAGUUUUGGUGUGGUACUACUGGAGCUGCUCCUUAGAAUGAAGCCUGUCUUUACAAGUGAAUCAGGCACAAUCAUGGGCUUGUCAAGCUAUUUUCUCGAGGAAUUCAAUGAGGGAAGAAUAAAAGGUAUUGUUAAUUCCCAGGUCCUCGAGGAAGCAACCGAGGAAGAGAUCAACGGUGUCGCCUCUCUUGCAGAGCGGUGCUUAAGACUGAGUGGUGAAGAAAGACCCACCAUGAAACAGGUGGAGACGGAACUGCAAACUCUAUGGGCAAAACAGAUGGACUCAUCUCAGGUAGAUACCAGGAAUGAAGAAUAGAGGCAACCAAGUUCGUUAACUCAAAGAUCUAGAGCUGCUCGCCAAUCGUCUGCGACGGUAUUGGGCAAGAGAGUCUACGUACGGCCAGAAGACAGCCAACAACGCUAUAGCUUGGAGAGAGAGUUCAUGUCAUCUGCUAGUCUGCCCCGCUAGAUAUGUUUGCUGAGCUCAUAAUAAUGGGUGUUGUUAUUUCCCCUUUUGUAAACUAAUGAUGACUAGGCUUGUACUAUAGGCAAACGGUGCUGCAGAAAUUGCUACAGUAAGCCGGUUUAUGUUUAGACAAUUACAUGCAUCAUGAUUGUACGAGUUUUCUGAUUGGAAUUAUACUUGUUUAUGAAAAUUAUUAUAUU